CGUGUGGUUCACGACCGGAACAUUGGCGACGAGGAUGGGAUAGUUUCUAAAAUUGAAUCGAGGGCAAAGUGAACGACACGUCGUUCACGAAGAAUGUCAAGGCAAGCUGCACCUUCAAUGUCUGGAAGUGAGAGAGCUGGAACGAUAGCUGAAGAAUUCUCAUUUUCCGGACUAAUGGCAUCAGUUAACUCUGAACUAACAUCGCGAUCUUCCGGUGUUGAAGCUGGAACGACAUCUGAAGAAUUCUUAUUUUCCGAGUUAAUGGGAUUAGUUGACUCCAAAUCGAUGUUUUGAAGAAAACAAAAGGAAAAUAGAGAAAUUACCUUCGGUCUGUGUCGAGGCAACUGCAGCGGACACAAAGAAGUUGAAUGUCGAUAUGGGAACAACCGCUCGAGUUAAUGAUCCACGGUGACGGUGCCGCGGAUUCGGAGUAAAAGAGACGGCAUAGCGUGCAGACGUGUGGUUCACGACCGGAACACAUGCUGUGAAGUUUUUCUAAUAAUGCAGCAUUUCUUUGCUCCAUUUCUUCAAUCAAGGACGAUUGAAAUGACAUCCACCAUAGAAUAUCUGGGAAAGAACUUUGUCACAGUUCUCCGGCUUCGAUCAACUGCUGGGUCUCAAUAUUGGACAUAACUCAAGAUAUCAUGAUUAUUUAAUAAUAUAAAUGAUAAUAUGAAGUUGAAGUGAUGACAAAGUUACACGUGCUUGAUUCAACAGAACUGAUUGAAAGGCAUUAAAGUUGAAGUACCACACAAACAUGAAAUUAUUUUCUCUUGCGAACAAUUUGGUGCU